CUGUGUCACUACUGUUUGUGUGAUUUUGUGGCUGGAGUUUUCAACGCUCUUGGCCACGGGGAUAGAGAUGCCAGGAUGCCAACACAUCCACCACCAGACUCCAACUAAGAAGCCAUCUGAGAACAUGCUGCCACAAACAGCCCUUUUGCUGCUAAUGUCCUGGAACCUGGUUCAUGGAGGAUUUUAUGCUGAGCAAUACCAAACACCUACAGGCAUAAAAGGCCCCCCACCCAACCCCAAGACACACUUCUUCAUUCCCUAUGCCAUAAAGAGUAAAGGUCUGUCAGUAAGAGGAGAGCAAGGUAUUCCUGGUCCACCAGGCCCCGCUGGACCUCGAGGGCACCCAGGUCCAUCUGGACCUGCAGGAAAACCAGGCCAUGGAAGUCCCGGACCCCAAGGAGAGCCAGGGUUGCCUGGACCACCGGGACCAUCAGCCACUGGGAACCCGGGUCCACCAGGACUCCCAGGAAAACCAGGGGAGAAAGGCCCAUCUGGACCAAAAGGAGCUGUUGGGCCAGCUGGUUUACCAGGACCCCGGGGCCCAGCAGGGCCACCCGGAAUCCCCGGCCCAGCCGGAAUUACUGUUGUGGGAAAGCCCGGACAACAAGGGCCUACAGGAGCUCCAGGACCCAGGGGCUUUCCUGGAGAGAAGGGUGCACCGGGAGUACCUGGUGUGCAUGGACCGAAAGGCGAAGCAGGGUAUGGUGCUCCUGGACACCCAGGUGAGAGGGGGCUUCCCGGCCCUCAGGGUCCCAUGGGACCACCUGGCCCGCCUGGAGUGGGAAAAAGAGGUGAAAAUGGGUUUCCGGGACAGCCAGGCAUCAAAGGCGAUCGGGGCUUUCCAGGAGAGAGGGGACCAGCUGGCCUGCCAGGCCCCCAAGGUCCUCCUGGGGAACGAGGACCAGAAGGCCUUGGAAAGCCGGGGGCCACGGGAGCCCCAGGCCAGCCAGGGACUCCUGGGACCAAAGGUCACCCCGGGGCUCCAGGAAGAGCUGGGCCCCCGGGGGCUCCUGGCUUUGGGGAAGCGGGGCUGCCUGGCCUGAGAGGGCAAAGAGGGCCUGCUGGCCUUCCAGGAAGUCCAGGUGCUAAAGGGGAGCAAGGCCCAGCAGGUCAUCCCGGGGAACCAGGUCUGACCGGAUCCCCCGGAACUAUGGGGCCCCAAGGACCAAAGGGCGUGGCAGGCAGCCCAGGGGUUCCAGGCCCCAAAGGCGAGACAGGGCCAGUGGGGCCUGCAGGACACCCUGGGGCCAAGGGAGAAAGGGGUUCGCCUGGGUCAGAGGGAAAACCAGGGUACCCAGGAGAACCAGGCAGCAGUGGUCCUAAGGGAGACCCAGGGUCACCAGGCCCCAAAGGGGACGCUGGAGCUCGAGGACCUCCUGGUCUCCCAGGCCCCGUGGGCCCAGCGGGAGCAAAGGGAAUGCCUGCACACAGUGGUGAGACCGGUCCCAGAGGUGCCCCCGGAGCGCCAGGAACCAGAGGCCCCACUGGGCCACCGGGCGCUCCGGGAUCCCCGGGAGCUAGGGGGGACCCAGGAACCCCAGGUCCUCCUGGCCCAGCGGGCGCAGCAAUGAAGGGGCCCAACGGUCCCAUGGGGCCACCAGGGCCUCCGGGUCCGAGAGGCCACACUGGAGAGCCCGGCCCCCCCGGCCCCCCCGGCCCCCCAGGCCAAGCAGCCCUGUCUGAGGGCUUUAUAAAAGCAGGCCAGAGGCCUUUUGUUAGUGCCAACCAGGGAGUCACAGGAAUGCCUAUGUCUGCUUUCACUGUUAUUCUCUCCAAAGCGUACCCAGCUGUAGGCAUUCCCAUCCCAUUUGAUAAGAUUUUGUAUAACAGGCAACAGCACUAUGACCCAAGAACUGGAAUCUUUACCUGCAGGAUACCAGGGACGUACUAUUUCUCCUACCACGUGCAUGUGAAAGGGACCCAUGUUUGGGUGGGCCUGUAUAAGAAUGGCACCCCUGUAAUGUACACCUAUGACGAAUACACCAAAGGCUACCUGGAUCAGGCCUCGGGGAGUGCCGCACUCGAUCUCAUGGAGAACGACCAGGUGUGGCUCCAGCUGCCCAAUGCUGGAUCGAACGGGCUGUACUCCUCUGAGUACGUCCACUCCUCUUUCUCAGGGUUCUUGGUGGCACCAGUGUGAGCAUAUUCCCAACGAGCUAACGUAAGGCUGCUUGAAAAGGCAUUCCCCAACUCCACUGCGCCCCACAAAGUGCAUAUGGAGGUAGGCCAAAAAAACGUGACUAAUUUUAAUUUUCCACAUACGGAUUUGAGCUUUCAGACCAGCCAGUUCUCCCCCCGCGAAAAAGUGAGCAGCAAUGGUAAACAACAGGUGAAGACUCUCUUCAAUUUCUACUCAGCAGUCCUAAGGCUCUUUAAAGUUUUCUGUGAACUCCUUCAGUAUUUAAAAAUUUCACCCUGAAAGUCCUAGUGGGCUAAAAAAAUAGAAUGAGCACAAAGAAACCCUGAAAUGUGACAUUAAAUUACGUGAAAUUUGCUUUCAGAAAUUCAGCAUUUAAAAAAAAUAAAGCCUCUUUCUACUGAUUAACAGGAGAACUUCUGGGAAACAUUCAGAGGGUAUCAUGUCUGUCUAGAACUCAAAUACUUGAAUAUUCAAAUUUAAAAGGCACCGUAUACCCUAAGGUCUUUCUCAUGGUGCAUUACUUGAAGGCUUACAUGGCCCCUUCGUCAACAUCUAUUCAAAUGUACAGGUGCACGUAAACUUCUUACAGCUCUAAUAAAAAACCAAAGGAUGAUGUUAAAAUCUGAAAUGCAAGGUGCUUUAGCCAUGAACUUUUUCAAACUUUUCUGUGAUUGCAGAAAAGCUUUCUAUAUACCCUUCACAACUGGGAAAUGGGUGUCUAACCUAGUUUAUUUAUUUAAUACAAGUGUAAUUAAUUUGACUUAAUUCCAUAUUGAGUCUUACAGAUUAUGAUUUUGUGGGUUUACAGAUUAUUGCCAUAUGGACCUUGAGCCUCCCACUCUAGUGAAAUUAUAGCUAAUGUCAAGGGUUUCAAAAUCUGGCUAGAAAUGAAAAGAUGUUAUUUAUUUAUGCUCUGUACUGUAUUUUUAUAUUGCUGCUUAAAACUUUUAGGCUGUGCCUCACUUAUUAAAGCAUGACAUGUUUUACCUACUCCUUAUUUACAAAGCAAUAAAAUAACAUCAACA